AUGGCGGUGACUCACGGAGGCGGCGCUAUUGAUCAGGAACCUCCGGAUCGUUCACUGGUUCAAGUUUCUCAUUUCCAGCCUCGUGAACUGAAUACAAUAAGAUCCGAUAAACCUGGAACGCAUCAAGCAUCUCGAUUCAAUGCAGGUGGUAAGGCAAAGAAAGUGAUUGACUUGAACAAACAAGCAGAGGAGGAUGGUAAUCUUGAUCUGAAUGUGGCAGCUGAUACAUUAGGGGUGACGUAUUCGAUGCAAAAGGUGGACAAGGGCAUAUCUCAAUGGAAUUCUAUGGGACUCGAUUAUUUGAGAUCAAAGGAAACCUAUGAACGCCUUAAGGAACAGAUACAAAACUCAGAUGAGCAAAACAGGUUUCCCUAUCUCACCAAAGAAGACACCACGAGCCUGCCUGGCUUCCAGAAUUCGGAAUUGAUAGCCGUCUGCCGUUCUGCUGCUGCCAUUCUCGGAAACAAAAUGUGUAAAAUUGACCAUAAUCUAGUGAGUCAACCGAUUUCUGAUGCACAUUCAAAUGUUCCAUCGGCUUCUGCUAUCUCUGAGGACCAAGAAAAACCAGAUCAGGAACUAUAUCCCAACAAUGAAGGUCAUGGCUUAGAUGAUGGUUUUGCAAAGUUUGCUUCCCCGGAGUACUACGAUGUUGAUCUAGAGUGGACGCGGUUAGGUGGAGAUCGAUUAACUUUUACAGAGAUGUUGUGCAAUGAAGAUGAACCCUGA